AUGGCCUCUGAGUUUAUUGGUUUCAAUGUCUUGGUGACCCUCCGAGCUCCCCCAAAUGCAAAGAUCCAAGGGCAGGUGGCCAAUGUGAUCGGUCAACGUUUGAUGCUCCGAAAUGUGACCCUCUCGUGGAGCGGCCAGUACCUACCCACUUAUUCGAUCGAAGCACCCGAUAUUGCGGACCUGUCUCUCGGGCCGUCGAAUCCAGCUCCUCCGCAAGAUUCCUACCCAGAACCACCAAAGGUGGCCCCCGAGCCGGCCAGAGCUCCUACACAACAGUCGUUUGUCGAUCCCGCCAUUUUAAGCUUUGCAAAACCCCCUUCCCAGCAACCGAAUCAUGGUGUCGAAGCCGGGGUGCCGCAGAGCCAAGUUCCAUCCGCGAAUGUACCGAGCUCGCAGCAGGCUUAUGUCUCUCAGCCAAUAAAUCAGGGAGUACCUACAGUCUCUGCUGCACUUACAGAACCUUUCAGUAGCUUGGAACUAGAUGUGGAAGGCCAAACAACGGCCCCGCAGGAGAAAGAGCUUGAUGUCCCUGACGAGAGGGCAACGGAAACGACUUACCCUGGGAAGCGAAACCGUCGAACUGGUCAAAACAAGCUGCAAAAAGAUAACUUGACUGGCCCUGGCGUGGUGAACGAACACGAUGGGGCGUCCAAUACCAACCCGAAAACUAAAGGUUGGCGACAAACUGCUUUCGUCGAACCUUCCCAUCCGCACAUGCUACAAUCGCCCCGAUCCUAUAAAGAAAGUGCUUCACAUCUUAGUGGGCGACGCCGUAAGAAGAAGACUCGCGGGGUUUAUUCCGAGGAGCCCAAUGGUUGGGCGACGGAGGAGGCGACCGACAUUCAGGAGCUGGGGGAUUUCGAUUUCGCUAGUAAUCUUUCGAAAUUCGACAAGAGGCGUGUUUUUGAAGAGAUUAGAAACGAUGAUACCACCGCCGACGAGGCGCGCUUGGUCAGCUUUAACAGGAGAGUGCCCAAACCAGGGACCAAUGGCGGCAAGAAUCUUCACUGGACUGAGAACGUACUCGACAGUCCUCAAGACAGUGAGAAUGGCGAUACCGAUGAGCCUAGCGAUGCGAAGUUGAGUAGUGAAACUUACUCGGGGCGUGAGCUCUCAAGGGCCUCUGCACGAACACAAAGUUCUCGAAAGGGCAGUGCUAUAUUGGGACAGCCAUUGGUUCCUCAAAUAAACACCCUUGGACGGAGCCAGUUGAGCAUUUCUCGCACUACAAGUCCCCACCCGGUUAAAACUCCCAUCCCAGUGUCACCUAUGAAUGGCCCAAGCGUGUCUGGCGCAUCAUUGCGGCUGACUACCACUAAUCGGAGCUGCCCAACUGUGAGCCCAUUGCAAACGCUUGAGGUCGAGCAGAUUGCGGUUGCGGAGCUUGGGUUGACUGAAGACAUGAUCACAGAAAAUGCUGGACGAGGUAUUGCGGAAGCUGCUGUUGGUCUUCUUCCUAACGAUUCCGCGGCCCCUACGAUGCUAGUGCUUACGGGCAAUCAUCGGACGGGAGCAAGGUCUGUUUCGGCUGCCCGCCAUCUUCGCAAUCGAGGCCACCGUGUGACUGUCUGCAUGUUGGGUCUUGAACAUGAGAGCGAGUUGCUUGAGAGCUGCCGCAAACAACUUGAUGUAUUCAAGAAGAUUGGUGGACGUGUGCUCAGAUGGGAGGAAUUAUCGGCGCGAUUGUCAACGUCUGACUUUGGACCUGAUCUAGUCAUUGAUGCACUGUUCGGAAUGCAUAUUGCCUUUGAAGAUCUUCGUACGGACGACCAAGGCACGGCAUUCGAAAUGAUUGGCUGGGUCAACCGAAGUAAUGUCGAUGUCAUGUCUGUCGACGUGCCAUCCGGACUAUCUGCUUCGAGUGGCGAGGUGACUUUGGUAGAAGGAGGUCGAUUGUGCAUCAACUCAAAAUCAGUGGUUUGCCUUGGAGCACCUAAGACUGGGGUACUCAACGCCCUACUUACGGGCGAAGGCAUAGUGUGGAAUCUCAGUGUCGCAGAUAUCGGGAUACCGCAAAUUGUUUGGAGGAAAUACGGCACUCGUCGGCGCCACGGAAUCGACUUUGGAAAUCGCUGGGUGAUCACACAUUCCGAAUGGGCGUCGGAAGACGCUUACUCUGCCAGCGCCGGCGCUGGCGUGGGCGGUGCGAGGAGAGGAGGCCCUCAUGCGGCUUUCAAGCGACUCCCGUUUAAUUUCUGCUCCCUCUCACUCCAGCCCUUCGAACACCCGGUUUGCACCUCGUCCGGAACAAUAUUCGACCUUACCAAUAUUUUGCCUUGGAUAAAAAAGCACGGCAAGAAUCCUGUCGAUGGCACGCCGCUCAAAAGCUCCGACUUGAUCAAGCUCCAUCUCGCGAAGAACGAAUCGGGGGAAUAUAUCGAUCCUGUGACGUAUAAGGUUUUGACAGACAACACGCACGUCGUCGCUUUGCGUACUACUGGGAAUGUUUUUGCGUGGGAUACUGUUGAGAGACUGAACAUCAAGGGGAAGCUGUGGCGUGACCUUGUUACGGACGAGGAAUUCGGACGGAAGGACAUCAUUACAUUGCAGGACCCGCAAAAUAUCGAGUCGAGGAAUCUCAGCUCGUUCAACUACUUAAAAGAAGGAGAAAGCGGAUUGACUGACGAACAAUUGCGAGAGCGUGAGGAUCCGUCAAACAAUGUGAACGCCAAUGCGCUUGGCAGUUCUGCGAAGAUUCUGAAGGCCAAAGAAGCGGUGGCCAAGGCUCGUGCAGAGAGGGCUCAGCAGGCUGGCUCUGCUGCUACCAAGGGACUUUCAAAGACUGGAAGUGUGGCCAAUGCUAAAUCGCAAUCUCAGAAAACGGCUUCGUUUCAGUCUGGGAAGGCGGUUCCGUAUAAUGCAGCUAAACACACUACUGGUUUGGCCGCUGCGUCGCUGACAAGUACUGGGAUGACACCUCAUACGUCUGGCGAGCUUGCUCUUCUCUCCGAUGAAGAAUAUAUGCUGAAGCGCGGCCGAGUCAAGCACAAAGGCUAUGCCCGCAUUUCAACCACUUCUGGGGAUUUGAAUCUGGAAUUGCAUACCGAAUACGCACCAAAAGCUGUAUGGAACUUCCUCAAGCUUGCCAAGAAAGGAUACUACAGAGAUGUUGCUUUCCACCGAAAUAUCAAAGGAUUUAUGAUCCAAGGUGGAGAUCCCACUGGUACUGGAAGGGGAGGUGAAAGUGUUUGGGGCAAGUAUUUCUCUGAUGAAUUUGAGGGGCCUCUAAAGCACGACUCGAGAGGAACUCUCAGUAUGGCGAACAAGGGCAAAAACACGAAUAGCAGCCAAUUCUUUAUUGCUUACCGCGCCCUUCCUCAUUUGAACAACAAGCACACUAUUUUCGGCCAUAUUAUCGACGACCCAACCCCCUCUUCGGCGACACUAAACAGCCUCGAAGCUCACCCGGUUAACUCUUCAACUAACAGACCUACCCCAGACGUUCGCAUCAAAGAUGUCACUAUCUUUGUAGAUCCCUUUGAAGAAUUCCUGAAGCAGAAACAAGCAGAAGAGGCAAAGGGAAAGGCGCUUGCUGAAGGCACCGCUGAUGUGGAAAAGGACUCCAGACGAGAGGACGACGACCGCAUGACGUGGACCGGAAAAAGGGUUCGCGAUUCCAACACAGCAGCAGCCGACGACGGCUCUGCCGGCGGAGUAGGGAAGUACCUUAAGGCUGCACUGGCUAGCCAGACAGGACAGGAUGAAGACGAGAUUGUUGAAUUUGUCGACGAAGAGCCCGAGCCCGAGCCUGUGCGAAAGAAGGUCAAGGGAACCGGUGGCUUCGGCGAUUUCAGUUCUUGGGGAUGA